UGUGCUUUCCGCUCCAUACAUCCUGUUUUCCUGAGCUGCUGCUCCUGCAGAGAGUAUGAAGCCCGGCUCGAAAGAUACAGCGAGCGAAUCUGGACGUGCAAAAGCACCGGGAGCAGCCAGCUGACACACAAAGAAGCCUGGGAGGAGGAGCAGGAGGUCGCUGAGCUCUUGAAGGAAGAGUUCCCCAUCUGGUAUGAGAAACUGGUACUGGAGAUAGUCCACCACAACACCGUCUCUUUGGAAAAGUUGGUAGAUGCUGCUUGGCUGGAGAUCAUGACCAAAUUUGCGGUGGGAGAAGAGUGUGCCUUUGAGGUUGGUAAGGAAAAAAUGUUGCCUGUGAAGGUUUUAAAAAUACAUCCCUUAGAGAAAGUAGACGAAGAGGCCUCUGAAAAGAAAUCUGAUGGCACUUGUGACUCCCCAUCCAGUGACAAAGAGAACUCCAGCCAGGUAGCCCAGGACAACCAGAAGGAAUCCAUCCUGAAGGAGGAUGACAACAGGAGGGAGAGUAUGAACGAUCGAGCACGUAGAUCUCCUCGGAAGCUUCCUACUUCAUUGAAGAAGGAGGAAAAGAAGUGGGUUCCACCUAAAUUUCUGCCACACAAAUAUGAUGUGAAGCUGAAAAAUGAAGAUAAGAUCAUCAGCAACGUACCAGCAGAUAGCUUGGUCCGUACGGAGCGGCCUCCCAACAAGGAGAUCCUGAGGUACUUCAUCCGUCACAACGCGCUACGGGCCGGCACCGGCGAGAACGCCCCGUGGGUCGUGGAGGAUGAGUUAGUGAAGAAAUAUGCUCUGCCCAGUAAAUUUAGUGACUUCCUGCUUGACCCACAUAAGUAUAUGACUCUCAACCCAUCAACCAAGAGGAAGAGCUCCGGAUCACCAGACAGAAAACCUUCCAAGAAAUCCAAAGCUGAUGGAUCAUCCCUGGGUCAGCCGCUGAGCCCUACUCUGUGGUGUCACGUGCAUUUGGAGAAGUCUAUUAUUGGGUCUCCACUGAAAGUGAAAAACUCUAAGAACUCAAAAUGUCCCAAAGAGGAGUUGGAAGAGGUGAUGAAAAUAGUGUCACCUGGUAAACUUGGCCCUAACUUUCACAUUCCAAAGAGGAGCCGAUUGGGAAAGGGUAACAACAAAUCCUUGGACAAAAAGCAGAGGGGCAAAAGGGUUUUAAAUGGGCAGAAAUCAUCUGGGAAAUCAAAAUCUCCUAGAAAAGGCUUGAAGGCUCCAAAGAUGAAGAUGAAACAAAUGACACUACUGGACAUGGCAAAAGGUACCACUAAGGUGUCCAGGUCUCCUAGGAAUUCAGGAGGCACCCCUAGGUCUUCCAGCAAACCCCAGAAACUGCCUCCUGCAGCACUCCAUCUCAUUGCCUAUUACAAAGAAAACAAAGACCGGGAAGACAAGAAAAGUGCCCUUUCCUGCAUCAUCUCCAAAACUGCCAGGUUGCUCUCAAAUGAGGAUCGUGCCCGUCUCCCCGAAGACUUACGAGGGCUGGUGCAGAAACGCUACGAGCUCCUAGAGCACAGGAAGAGAUGGGCCACCAUGACAGAGGAGCAGCGAAAGGAGUAUCUGAAGAAGAAGAGGGAGAAGCUGAAAGAGAAACUGAAGGAGAGAGCGAAGGAGCGGAAGGAGAAGGAAAUGAAAGAAAAACUGGAAAAUCAGAAAAGAUUUGAGGACCAAGAUCUUAAAGGGAAAACCUUGCCUAGUUUUAAACUGGUUGAUACUCCAGAAGGACUGCCCAAUACUCUCUUUGGGGAUGUAGCCAUGGUGGUAGAAUUCCUGAGCUGCUAUUCAGGGUUGUUGAUGCCAGAUGCUCAGUAUCCCAUUACAGCAGUUUCUCUGAUGGAAGCGCUCUGUGCAGAGAAAGGGGGCUUUCUUUACCUGAACCGGGUGCUGGUCAUUCUCCUGCAGACGCUGCUGCAGGAUGAAAUUGCAGAGGAUUACGCCGAGUUGGGCAUGAAGCUCUCUGAAAUACCACUUACUCUGCACUCUGCUUCUGAGCUGGUCCGCCUGUGCUUGCGCAAGUCAGAUGUACAAGAGGAAAGUGAGGUCUCGGAUAACGUGGAUGAAAGCAAGGAUUCGGCAACUUUUGAGGAUAAUGAAGUACGGGAUGAGUUUUUGGAGAAACUGGAGACAUCAGAGUUCUUUGAGCUGACUCCUGAAGAGAAACUGCAAAUACUGGCAGCUCUCUGCCACCGGAUUCUGAUGACUUACUCCGUGCAGGACCAUGUGGAGGCCAAGCAGCAGAUGUCUGCUGAGCUGUGGAAGGAGCGUCUUGCUGCCCUGAAAGAAGAGAAUGACAAGAAGAGAGCAGAGAAACAGAAGCGGAAAGAAAUGGUGGCCAAGAACAAGGAGAAUGGGAAGGAUGAGAAUGCAAUGGGGAGAAACGAAAAGAAAAAAAAUGAGCUAGUGAAAAUAGAGCACCGGGUAGAAGUAGAGGCUGAUGAUAUGAUCAGUGCCGUGAAGAGCAGGCGCCUGCUUGCCAUCCAAGCCAAGAAAGAGAGGGAGCAACAGGAAAGACAAAUGAGAGUAAAGAUGGAGAAAGAAGCAGAGGAAGAGAGAAUCCGGAGGCAUAAGGCUGCAGCUGAGAAAACUUUCCAGGAUGGAAUUGCCAAAGCCAAGCUGGUGAUGCGCAGGACCCCGAUCGGCACGGAUCGUAACCACAACAGGUAUUGGCUGUUUUCAGAUGAGGUUCCUGGAUUAUUCAUUGAAAAAGGCUGGGUACAUGACAGCAUAGAUUACAGAUUCAUCCUGCCCCAUCAGAAAAAGGAGGAUUCAAAAAAGGACUACAGCCCAGUAGAUAAGCGGAAGGGUGCAGGCGCCGACGGCAGAGUGAGCCUCCAUCACCGGUCUGUGCACGUUGCAGACAUCCCCACAGAGACCACUGCACCUAAACAAGGACAGAACCUCUGGUUUCUCUGUGACAGUCAGAAGGAUUUGGAUGAGCUGCUGGAUUCCCUGCACCCAAAAGGAGUGAGAGAGAGUCAGCUAAAGGAGCGUCUGGAGAAGAAGUAUCAGGACAUCACACAUUCUAUCCAUUUGGCUCGGAAACAGAACCUGGGCCUUAAAUCCUGUGAUGGUAACCAGGAACUGCUGAACUACCUUCGAAGUGAUCUAAUUGAGGUUGCAACCCGCCUGCAGAAAGGAGGGCUGGGAUAUGUUGAUGUGACACCAGAAUUUGAAGCCAGAAUAUACUCCCUGGAGAGCCUGAAGGAUUUUGGAGAGUGUGUGGUUACACUCCAGGCUGGUGUUAUUAAGAAGUUUCUGCAAGGCUUCAUGGCACCCAAGCAGAAGAGAAGGAAACAUCAAGGAGAGGACUGCAUUGCCAAGGCUGAGGAGGUAGAUGAAGAGAAGAAAAUGGUAGAAGAAGCUAAGGUUGCUUCAGCCAUGGAGAAGUGGAAGACAGCAAUCCGUGAGGCCCAGACCUUCUCCCGUAUGCAUGUGCUGCUCGGGAUGCUGGAUGCCUGUAUCAAGUGGGAUAUGUCCGCAGAGAAUGCAAGAUGCAAAGUGUGUCGCAAGAAAGGUGAGGAUGACAAGCUGAUCCUGUGCGACGAGUGUAACAAAGCCUUCCACCUCUUUUGUCUGAGACCUGCGCUCUAUGAGAUACCAGAUGGCGAAUGGCAGUGCCCAGCUUGCCAGCCCUCUACUGCCAGACGCAGCUCAGGUGAGAACUAUGCAGAGGAUUCAGAUGAAGAUGAAACUGAAGAAGAUGAGGAAGCUUCUGAUGAACAAGAUGCUGAGGAGGAAGAAGAAGAGGAGGAAGACUAUGAAGAAGCCGGACUGAAAUUGCGACCCAGAAAGCCAGCCCGGGGCAAGCAGAGCGCUGCCAUGUACUCCUUCAGGCAGGGAAGGCACCAAAGGAAGAAGCAGGCCCUGCACUCGGCCCGGGGACCGCGGCAGCGGCCCACACCUGUCAACGGAGCAGACAUUGACGAGCUGGUCCUCCAAACGAAAAAGACGGCGCGUCGCCAAACCCUGGAAUUGCAGAAAUGUGAGGAAAUCCUCGGCAAAUUGGUCAAGUACCGCUUUAGCUGGCCCUUCAGGGAGCCAGUGACCACAGAGGAAGCUGAAGAUUACUUUGAGGUCAUCAGCAACCCUAUGGACUUCCAGACUAUGCAGAGCAAGUGCUCCUGCGGCGAUUACCGCUCGGUGCAGGAGUUCCUGUCUGACAUGAAACAGGUGUUCUCCAACGCCGAGCGCUACAACCAGAACGGGAGUCACGUCCUGUCCUGCCUGGAGAAGACAGAACAGUGUUUGAUCGACAUGGUGCACAAACACCUGCCUGGCCACACAUACGCACGCAGGAAACGCAGGCAGCUGUCUGCCAGGUGCCAGGGACUGGAGGAACAGGAAGGGGACAGUGAGCCGGAGUCCCUUGAACAUUCCCGGGGGCGGAAGAGGAAGAAAUGAGGGAUGGGGGAGGUUAGGGGGAGAGUCAGAGCUGGAGCAGGUCUUCUGGUGCUGCUGGCGGCAGGAUGGGCUGUCUGGAGGGAGUUAGGAAGCAGCAGGCACUUCUCUAUUGAUCCAGCCUUUGGCCCAUCCUAGUUCUAUUUUUUCUGCAAUUUCCUGAAGUAUUUGGACAUCCGUUGAGCGAGCAGAGACGACGUGCUGCUUCGUGCGAAACAGGCAAA